GAAAGAUCUGUGGUAGUACUGGGGCAAUGAAAAUAGUAAAUUCUCGGGAGUCGUGCAAGGCUUAGAUCUGCCAUUGAAAUUGCCAAGUUCUUCAGUAGUAGCUGGGAUCUUGAAAAGAAAGUAAAAACUAAACAACUCCAGCACUGAAUCAGAAGAAAGAUGGCAUGCAUUAAUAAAGGAUGGGAGGUUGUAAGUAGAAAAAUCAGUAGCUGUUUGAAAAGGAAAAAGGGGAUCGAAAACAGAGACAAGAGCAUAGCUGAAAGAUGGGAGAUUUUGAACAAUUGGGAAGGAUUACUUGACCCUUUGGAUUAUGAUCUACGACGAUACCUUAUCCACUAUGGCCAAAUGCCUCAAGCCAUCUACGACUCAUUCAAUAAUGAGAAAGUUUCAAAAUACAGAGGAACAAGUCGAUACUCCAAAAGGAACCUCUUCAUAAGGGUGGGCCUCCAUAAAAACAAAUAUGAAAUCACCAAAUAUUUCUAUGGAGCUUCAAGUAAAACUGAAAAGGUCAAAGUAUCAAAUUGGAUUGGGUUUGUUGCUGUUGCUACUGAUGAAGGUAAAGUUGAAUUAGGGAGGAGAGACAUUUUAAUUGCUUGGAGAGGGACUAUAACUGUCUCGGAAUGGAAUGAUGAUUUCGAAUCGUCCUUGGUCCAACCAAUUGAAAUCUUUGGAGAAAAUGCGGAUAACAUUCUUGUACACAAAGGUUUUUAUUCAAUUUAUACUUGUCUUAAUGAAGCUUCAAAUUUCAAUCGGACAACCAGUGCUAGAGAUCAGGUUCUUGAAGAAGUUAAAAGGUUGUUGAAGCAAUACAGUAAGGAGGAAAUCAGCAUCAGUGUUGCCGGGCAAAGCUUGGGUUCAUCAUUGGGCACACUAUGCGCAAUUGACAUAGUUGUCAACCGAAUCAAUAAGGAGUUUCCAGUGAGUGCAUUUUUACUUGGUUGCCCACGUGUUGGAGAGGCCAAUUUCAAGAAAGCUUAUAAAAACUUGAAAAACCUUCGUAUCUUGCGGGUUACCAAUGUCUCUGAUCCCAUUCCGAAGCUGAUGGAGCGUGGACAGGUAGAGGGUUCUGCAACAGAAUGGAGAGCGUAUGAAGAUGUUGGCUUCGAACUUGUAAUUGAUACUACAAAAUCAGAAUACUUGAAGAAAGACAUAUUUAGUCAUACUCUGGAAGUUUAUCUGCAUGGAAUUGCUGGAACACAUGGACUAGAAGGAGAGUUUAAGCUGGAGAUAAAUCGAGAUAUUGCACUGGUGAAUAAGCAAGGCGACUAUUUGAAGGAUGAAUAUGGUGUACCAACUUCAUGGUGGAUCGAGAAGAAUAAAGGAAUGGUUCAACAAGAAGAUGGAUCUUGGAUACUCAUCGAUCAUGAAACUUGAUUUCUCUAAAAUUAUUCAACUAAUAAUUAUAUUAUAUUAGAAAGUUACUUUCAAGAAAAUUGAAAAAAAUGACUUUUUAAGAUAAUAAAUAUUUGGUGAAGGAUCGUAUUGAGAAAACAACGAUGGAUCAUGAGGAUGAGCAUGUGUUUUAUUGAAUAAAAUGUACGUGCAUUAUUUUCAUAUUAAAUAAAUGGGUUUUAGAUUGAUUGAGUGAUGUCAAAUUAUUUUCAUCUUCCACCUCACGUAAUAAGGAUAGGUCUGUCUAUCCUUGUUUUGUAUUGUGUAUGUAAGUGAGUUGUUUGCAUAGAAUGUUAAGUAAA